CGGGCCGCGGCGCGCUGCCCCGGCGCGGCCGCCGCCCCCAUGAGUGAAUGAGGAGCGGCCGCAGCGCCCGUCGAUGCCUCGCCAGGGAGCCGGGUGCCUGCGCCAUGAACCCCGAGAUGGCGAUGGAGCCGCUGGGCAGCCUGCACGGGGCGGCUGGCCAUGAGCCGGAGCUGAUGGGCAGCCCCAGCCCCCACCACGGCGGCCGCAGCGCCGGGCCGCUCCGAGUGCCCGCCCCCCCCCCCCCCGCCGCCGCCGCCGCCGCCGCCGCCGCCGCACAGGAGCUGGCCCCCGCCGCCGCCCGGCCGGCCAUGGUGUCCAGCAUGGCCUCGCUGCUGGACGGCGCCGCCGAGUACCGGCCCGAGCUCUCCAUCCCGCUGCACCACGCCAUGAGCAUGCCCUGCGAGUCCUCGCCGCCCGGCAUGGGCAUGAGCAGCACCUACACCACCCUGACGCCACUCCAGCCCCUGCCGCCCAUCUCCACCGUCUCCGACAAGUUCCACCACCCGCACGCCCACCCGCACGCCCACCACCACCACCACCAGCGCCUCUCGGGCAACGUCAGCGGCAGCUUCGCCCUCAUGCGUGACGAGCGCGGGCUGCCCGCCGUCAACAACCUCUACGGGCCCUACAAGGAGAUGCCCGGCAUGGGGCAGAGCCUCUCGCCGCUGGGCAACGGGCUGGGCCCCCUCCACAAUGCCCAGCAGGGCCUCCACGGCUACGGGCCGCCCGGCCACGAGAAGAUGCUGAGUCCCAACUUCGACGCCCACGCGGCCAUGCUGGCGCGGGGGGACCAGCACCUCUCCCGGGGGCUGGGGACGCCCCCCGCCAUGAUGCCCCACCUGAACGGCAUGCACCACCCCGCGCACCCCGGCCACCCACCACCCCACGGCCCCGCGCUGCCCGCCGGCCGGGAGCGGCCGCCCUCCUCCUCCUCCGGCUCGCAGGUGAGCAGCUCGGGGCAGCUGGAGGAGAUCAACACCAAAGAAGUGGCACAAAGGAUCACGGCAGAGCUGAAGCGCUACAGCAUCCCGCAGGCCAUCUUCGCCCAGCGGGUGCUGUGCCGCUCUCAGGGGACCCUCUCGGACUUGCUGCGGAACCCUAAGCCGUGGAGUAAACUCAAGUCCGGCCGGGAGACCUUCCGCAGGAUGUGGAAGUGGCUGCAGGAGCCCGAGUUCCAGAGGAUGUCGGCCCUGCGGCUGGCAGCCUGCAAACGCAAAGAGCAAGAGCCGAACAAAGAGCGCAACAACUCCCAGAAGAAAUCUCGCCUGGUUUUCACAGACCUCCAGCGCAGAACACUUUUCGCCAUCUUCAAGGAGAACAAGCGCCCCUCCAAAGAAAUGCAGAUCACCAUCUCCCAGCAGCUGGGCCUGGAGCUCACCACCGUCAGCAACUUCUUCAUGAACGCCCGGCGGCGCAGCCUGGAGAAGUGGCAGGAUGACCUGAGCUCUGGGGGCUCCUCCUCAGCCCCCAGCACCUGCACCAAAGCAUGAUGGGGAGUGGCCGGCACGGCACGGCAUGGCAUGGCACGGCAUGGCAUGGCAGAGAGAGCAGCUUCACAGCAGGGCCCUUCACUGGUGACUUAAAGCACAAUCCUCCUGGAAACGAACCCCAGCCCAGCUGUAACAGAGGACACUUCUUAUGGCUUUUAGUCAGUCUUAGCAGGCGCAAAUUAAAAAUUAACCUCUUUCUAUACAAUACUAUGCUCAGGACAGGCAAAGCAGGUCUGAAACGUAGGGGAGUCAUUCAUGAGGCAAGUUUCUCCUGAGCCCCAAAGCGCCCCGGCCAGCAGAGGUGCCUCUCGCUGGGCAGCCUGCCCAUGCCCAGCGUUUGCCGGCAGGGCGCUGGUGCUGGCCACACCGCCCUGCACCAAAGCUCGCCACCGUGGCGCAGCCACGCAAGAACGGAGCACAAAGUCUGACACGUAGACCCUAAAGAAUCCGAGAACCUGUUUGUAAAACUCAGGCAUGGUUUUGUUAAGUGUUUUAGGAGAAAAGGAAAAAAAAAAAAGAUCAAAUUUAAGUUUUUCUUGGUUUUGUUUUCGGGUUUUUUUAAGUUUGUUUAAUUUAAUCAGUGAGUAUAGCUUGAUCUUGGAUCAGAAAAAUUCAGUUCACUUGAGCUCAAAGUGUCAAGCACAAAGCCAGUAGCUACAGAGAUAGGUACGAUCCUGGACUCAGUACAGCAAUCGUUUCAAGAUACAGUCUAACUUCCUGGUCAGUAGGGAACGCCUCUGUAACCACAUGAACCUCAAGCACAGUUUGCAGUUUGUCACAAGUUCUGUGUUUGUACCUAAUACAGAUGCACACUCAGGAGGUCAAUUUCAUUGCUACAGUACAUGGAGCAAACACAACGUUUUGAAAGAUCUAGAUUUUUUUAGGUCAUUAAUACAUCAGUUUUAGUUGCCAGGGAUCUAGUUUCUCCUCAACAACAUCCUUACUGAAAUGUGUUUAGCGUUCAAGGUAUUUUCAUUCUUUUUUGUUUUGUUAUUUUACGGUACUUUCAAGCAGGAAAAGAAGAGAAACGAGCCCUUCAGAUGCCACUGACCGUUUUAGAUGUGCCGCAUAUGACUUCAAUAUCUAUUGCAUCCCUAAGUUCCUUUUAUCCACCAGUUACCUAAGCUGGCAGGAACACAGCACACCAAAGAGACAGGAUUACUGCAAGCCAAAGAUAUUUAUAACUUGCCAUUUUCCCUUCAUCAUCGCUGGUGAGGGUGGUUGUUUGACGAUGGAGAAGCCUCACAAACUCCAAGCCCUCUCUCCACCUCCGGCAGCUGCCGUGCGGCUGAGCAGGCAGGCAGUGCUGGCAGCUGGUGCGGCAGAGCCCUGGCCACAGCCGCACUGCUGGGGUGGCCCCAGUCAAGCCUCACAGCCCCGGCCCACGCUGCCCAAAUGGCCACAGCAGCUCCAUGUGCGCGCUUCCAGGUGAAUGGCCCUUCCUGGGGCGCUGGCUGAGCCCACGGCAGCAAGCCAAGCAUGGUCGUGGUUCUUUAGAGACACUUGAGACUUUUUUUAUGUACUACUUAAUCGAAACCAAAGAAAAGUUUUCUGCACCUACUUCUUCUGCAACAAACUGUUCCAUUUAAAAAUAAAGUAAAAUUAAAAAAACCAAGGAAGCACGUCAGGAAGCAAAUGAGUAACACACUGUGUUUUGACAGACAUAUUGGACAUUUUAGGAAGCAGAUCUCAAAGAAAGGGUUGACAAGAACAGGAACAAAGCAAAGCCAGUACAAUUGCUGCUUCAUUUGACAACUCCAGUCAUCUUAAAGUUGAAGAUUGUCUUUAAUUUGUGCCUAUGCAGUUUUUUUCAAAAGAACAAGGAACAGAGCAACCAAAACCUCAACAGCUACAAUACCAAAGAUGAGGAUUCUCACUACUUGUGUUUCAGUUCAUUAUGUCCUCUUGCACAAAUAAUGCAUAUAGCACCACUGAUCUCUGUACAGGUAAUCACUUCUGUUUCUUUGUGCAUCCGAAAGGGUGGGUUCAUUUAUGUUUUUCCUGUUUCUGCCCCAUGCGGGAUCUCUCCAAGAGCUGCAUGGACUCCAAGUGCAUGAUGUUGGGGCUCUACGCUGGUACGUCUCCUCUCUCCAGAGCCACGUAGGAAAAACUUGUCGAUUGGGUAUGACUUGUUUUGUUGGGUAGAGUUGGUCUCCUGUGUGUCUAGAGCUUUGAACAGCCAUCCUUCUGUGUCUGAAAUCGGUUGAGUAACCCACACCCUUCUUUCUCCUACCCAGGGAUAAAACUUGCAAAUUUGUCUCUGUACUGAUUUUUGCCAUUGUAAGCUCUAAGCACUGCCGCAGCCUGGCCCCUGAGAUCAGAUCCCGAUCUGAACCGCAACGGAGGUUUCAGCAGCUCCCGUGGCAGUUCAGUAGUUUGUUCUGACAGAUCAGAGACAAUAAGUUUGUUGGUCCAAGUCGUGAUGAUCCAGAUCAUGACAUGCAGACCUAGGUCCAAACUUAUCUUCCGAGCCAGAGCGCAGCAGUACCAUUUUGCUCCAUCUCUACCUUUAAAUGAGGGCUUCUGUUUAACUACUUUGUGAAACUGCUGCAGUAAUUUUCCAAGUGCUUACACUUAAAAAAAGGAAGAAAAUCACAAAGCUUUGUCUGCUCAGGACAGAAGAGGUUUCUGAAAAGUAAAUGCAGGAUCCUCACAGCUAAACUGGCGGCACGUACCAGCUCUGGGAAUCAAAGCAUCCCUCAACAUAGAUUUCCAGACAGAUCGUGCAUGGUUCGGAAACAAUCCAAAGAAGCCUCAUAGUCAGGCACAGAAUAAAGCUGCCAAAAAAUGGUUCAGGUCUGGGCUGAUGCCUGCCAGAGCCUCCAGGUGUUUGAGCUCGGCGCUCGGAGCAGCACGCUGCAGGGCCGUGCCGGGCUGGGGUGGUGCAGUCACAUGAACUUUCAUCUACAUCCCCAUCCGAAAAGGUCCCCUCAACCCAGCCUCUCUGUGUGCGCCCUGAUGUGGCGCGGCCCUCGGGGGCGAUGCCUUGUCUGGAAGCGUCCCCCCACAGUCUGCAGCGCUGCCAGGUGAUGCCGGGUUUCGAUCGCUUUCCUCAUGCUCCAUCCCGGAGCACCCCUGUAACUGCCGCAGGAGGUGAUGUGCCACGCUGGGAAGCCCAGCUGUCGUUCCUUACCUCCCCUUCCCUUCCCACAGUGGCAGGCAGAGAAGUGUGUCACCUCAGAUGAGAAACGAGCCCCAGGCAUCCUCUGAGGCGUACGCUUGGCUGUUGGUGUCACUGCAGGGGUGGCGUGUGGGACAUCUCAUGUAAGGGACAUCCACGCACUGGCAGCUUCCCCCCUGUGUGCCACCGUCCUUGAGGGCAGAGAGGCUCCCGCCCUGGGCUUCCCAUGACACCUGUGAGCAAAGGCCUGGGCUUUUUAUUUCUGUUCAGAGUUCAUCCCAAUAGCCAUAACGAAGUAAGUCUAGAUCAGUUCCUGAAUUAUUAAAAAAGGUUUCUUCAAUGAAAUAAUUAAUUUUCUCCAAAUUGUGGCAGUUUUUGUUAUGCAAUAUUAUGGCUUAAGUUUUUGCCUCAACCUUCCAAAUGUUGACCCGCAACCUCCCGCCCCACAGGUGCCAUUGUCCCACUGAGAGGUGCUGAGCUGACCCUGCUGCCCGCGCGGCAGCAUCUGCGUGGCAGAACACACGAGGCUCUUCUGUGCUGGGCAUUGUCGCUAUGUCAGUGCCCAUGUUCCCUCCGUAUUGCUCAAAAACCAUUUGCAUCCAAACGUCUGAAAAUACUGCUGCAUUUUUUAUCCCUGCAUCUUUUGUGGCCCUCUGUUACGUCUUCCAUUCCACUUUCAACUCUUGUAAGCUUUUAUGUAGCAGCUAUCUCAGAAGGGGAGUGUCAGUAGCAUAUACUGUGGGUAGAUACAUUUGUAUGUACACGUAUGAGCAGAAUAUAUGCUAUAUUCUGCCCAUGCUAAAAGAAAACCAAAACUCAAAUAGAUAUGUUAUGUUUAUAUACCUUAUAUUUAUGAAUCUAUAGAGCUGUGUAAUUUGUUCCUUUUAUUUAUUCUGAUAUGAAAGAUUAGUAUGUACAGGUAGUAUCCCAGCAUCCUCUGUACCGUGUACUUGGAGUUACUAUCAUGGGCACGUCCAAGAUGAAUUCGACUUUCAAGACACCUUGGAUAUUGCUUAAUCAUCCAUGAAGGAACAAAGAAUGUGCUUGAUGACUUCGGUUGAAUAGCUUUAUUCUGGAUCUCUUUUCCCUAAAGCUGAAUCCAAAGACCUGAGAAGGACUAAACCAGCAAACCAUGCUCAAACCCACAUAAGGGAAUAGGGAUCUCCUCUUCCAAAGCAAGACACAGUAAUGACACGGUAUUGCAAAGAGUGUGCUAGCUUUGGACAAAACCCAAUCUUUUUCUUGCUUGUCACAAUACCUGAGUAUUUUUAAGACAUGGGGAAACUUUAUACUUGGCCUCCUUUCUAUUUAUUAAGGGGAAUUUUUAUUGUUUAAAUUUUUUUAAAAGGCAAAGCUUAAAAUGGUUUUAUUUUUUUCCAGACACUUGCGGGUUUUAACGCAAUAUAUUAUCUAUCAAUAAUGUAAUUUAUUUAAUUUAGUCUUACAGUAGGUCCUGAAAUCUCUGUUCAGUCUAAAUCCCACAGAGUUUAAUUUUAGCUUUAAAGUUCAAUGGGAGUUUUGCCUGAAUGCAGACUGCGGGAUCAGGCUCUGAUGUUAGCUAUUUUGUAACUAUUUAAUUCAAUCAUUUCUGAAUUAAUUUGUGGUUAAUACUUCUUAUUUAUCCAUUUUACUGUUGUAGUGCAUCAGAGAUGUGAAGCGUAUGUUAGUAAAUACACUUAAAAGUUAGUAUUGCUUCAUAGAGCAGCCAGGUUCUGUCACAGACAGGAGAAAAAUAAUUAGUUACAUAGAACAGGAGUCUAGUUUAAAUUUCUUCUUUUAUUUUUUUAAAUGUCAAAGUUUAAAUUAUUUAAGUUAAUUUCUUCCCAUCUGAUUAGAAAGUGCAACAUACCUUUAUUAUGGCACAUAAAGCCUUCAUAAUAUAACUUAUUUAUUUAACUUAUUCAUCAUCAUCUGAGGAUGCCCUUGUACAGUUUUUAUUUUUUAUUUAGAAUUAUCUUUAAAGCACUACAGCUGAUCUUCUGUAAGAACAACAGAGCAAAUUUUGAGGACAAGCAAUGAAUAUUCAACCUAAAACUGUGCAUUCAGAAAGAAGGGGGGGGGGGGGGGGGGGCGGGAAGACACUGGGAUACCUUGCCUGAACUUUGGGCUUCGUAAAACUUAAGCUGGGGGAAAAAUAUUACAUGCCAAGCAAAAAGAGAGAAACCCUUAAACUAGCUGCUUCCAAGAAUGAACUUGUGUGUGUGUAAAAAUAAAGAAAAAAGAAAAAAAAAAAGAAAAAAAGAAAAAAAGAAAAAAACCUUUCUAUUUCUAGUGAGAACCAAAGAGGCUACCUCACUGACUUUUUCCAUUUGUAAUUUUAAUCGUGUUGAUGAUACCAAAGAUACCAAAGAUUUCUUUCUCUGUGCGGUCUGCAUUUUGCUUGUGCUCUUUUAUAGUUUCAACUGUUCUCUCCUACACACAGUAACAUACAGCUGCAGCCCAGACACCCAAAGAAAUGCUUCUCGUGGAAGCUGCCAGUUCUGGUGACAAUAUUUUCUGUGUUUCCCUUAUGCCUUCCUGCCAGCCAAACAUGUCUGGGGACAUGAAGCCAUUUCAUGUCCUUCCCCACACCAAAGUCCAGUGGAUGGAGCAGUUGUGUCAACCUGGAGGUGAAUCCAGGCUUUGCCCAGCAGCCAGUUCCCUGGGGACAGGGACCUGCAAGCGGCCGCCUGCCCGGGUCCCGCUCACCUGUUUGUGCUGGGGUGCACCGGCGUCAGCAGUAGGAGUCAGUGCGAGAAACUAUUUUCAAGCAGCACUACACUUGAACAGAAGCUAAGGGGCUGGUCUGUGGGUGGCCGCACUAGCCAAGCCCCCUGCUGACGGCUAGGCUGAGGGGAGAGGGAUGCUUCGUUUGGGCACCCAGGCACGAAGUAGCCAGCCCUCUGCUGGGGUGAAGCCCAGCUCUGCCUGGCCCGCGAGGUUCCUGGUGGGCCCAUUCCUGUUCCUGGUGGGCCCGUUCCCAUGCAUGGCAGGCCUGUUAUCGUUCCCAGUGGGCCUGUUCCCAUUCCUGGCAAGCCCAGUGGGCACGGCAGACACAGAGGAUGCUCUCUCCUGCUUAUGCUUUGUUGUUGUUUACAGUUUUCGUAUGAAAAUCAAUUGAUUGUUUUUCUCAAGCUGGUAGUGAAACAAAGCUACAUUAAGCUCCAUUAGUAUCAUAUUCUUAAGUGAUUACUUAAAAAUUGGCUAGUUGUCCCUGGGGAAUUAGCAGUGCCCUUCAGCGUUCGUUUCUUCUAGCCUGGUUCACACCAUUGAUAGAACCGAACCAACCACUCCGAUGAGCCGGACCCACCGGCGGGCACUGCCGGCUCUCCCCAGCGCUCCCAGCCACUGCCACUUCCCUUUGGACACCAGGUCAACUGCUCAUUUGGACCCCCAAACCCCACUGGGGCAGCACUUGUCCCGCAGUUGGAACAGCAGGAAGGUGAGCAUGGGCUGGGCUGUAAAUUUAAGAAGGAAAAAGCCUCAUUCAGAUUGUAGGUAUGCAUUUUUGGCUGAGCUUAAAAGCUAGUUUAUAAAUCUCUGGGCCUUGAUUUAAUGGCAAUUAAGGCAGGUGACACUCACCCAGCGCAGCAUGUCCUGUGUUGGUGAGACCCCACAUCAGUGCAGAGCCCGGCGGAACCACAUCCCAGGGGCUGCCUGCUACGGGGGCCAGAGCCUUUCCCUAAGAAACCUGCCUGAGCGAUGCCUUUGGAUUCACACAACCGAUGACCAACAGCCCAACACAAAAGAUCCACUUUAAGUGUCGCCUUUUCUUUUGUAUUUCUUUUUGGGUUUAAGUCUGUAUUGGAAAAGAUAGGGACUUGACAAGCGUGCUUUUUAUAUCUAUAUAUUUAUAUAGUCCUUCAAUAAAAAGCUAUAAUAAUUCUCAGGAUGCCUUCUGGGUGUGGAGGAGAUGAUCUGUCCUUGUGCUGGGCAAAACCUCCCUGCCAUGCCCCUCGCCACCCCUGCCCAGCACGGGCGGGUGGCAGGCUGGACACAGAAAAUCCCAGAGCUGGCAGCGUCCUCUGCAGCAACCGCGUUCCUUACCAGACUCAUGCUUCACUUGCAAAGUGUGACAUUACCACGGGACGAGUGCCUUGCUUGAACCAAAGCAACGAUUUUGCCAGUCUAGACCUCUCUGUGCUUUUUUUUUAUUCUUCCUGUGAAUACCUCAGCUUCAACUGGGCCGCCGAAUCGUACCUGGUGGGCUUUUUGUACUGUGGUGCUUUGCAAUGCAGCCCUGCAAAGAACAAAACUCCUAAUAAUACCAAAGGCUCCUCUCCUGCCCCCUCUCUUUCUCCUUCUCCUUCUCCUUCUCCUUCUCCUUCUCCUUCUCCUUCUCCUUCUCCUUCUCCUUCUCCUUCUCCUUCUCCUCCUUCUCCUCCUUCUCCUCUUCCUCCUUGUCCUCCUCCUCCUUCUCCUCUUCCUCGCCCUCUCCUCCAUCUCUAUUUCUUCAUGGUUCCAAAGCUUUAAUAUAAAACUGGGCAUGUUGGCAACGCAGACCGUGCAAUCCCUUACCGAAUUUUCUCAGAUAUACCUCAUAGAGAAUAGUUGUUUAGAGUAAUGUUAUUAUAGCCUAUGUAAUAAAUUAUUCACUGUUUCUUUUUGGUAACUGUGAUUUAAAAGAGAAAAAGCUUUAUACGUUUUAGGCUGUGCUUUUGUAAUAGAUGGAAAAGGUGCGCUUAAAAAUGUACGUCAGUCUUUCUUCCCGUUGGGUUUUUUUUGUUUGUUAUGGAUUGGGGAAAAGUUGCAGAAUGAGCCCAAAGUUUACAGUUUCAUAUUUUGCUGAAGAAACAAUCUGUGUUAAUUUGCUCUGUUGAAAAAAAAAAAAAAAGAAAAAAAAAGAUUAUUUUCUACAUUUGUAGCUACUUAGCUACAGCUAAUUGUUCUGUGUGACGGUGUAGUGUUAUAAUUAGCAACUGCCAAUCAACGCUACCAUUUUUGUGCAUGAGGCAAAAUCUUAGCAGUGUGAUGCAUUGUGGCUCUUAAUGGCAACUUCUUUUUUUUGCAUUUGAAAACAGGCCUUUCCGUUUGAUGGUAUUUAUUUAUGCAUGGAGCCUGUUAUCUGUUAGCGGUUGUGGCGCAGUUGUGUAUACAUGUGAGCUGUGAAAACACGCACAGUUUCGCCUCACACAGUGAAGUACUGACAAGAACUGAGAGCCAGAUCAGUUCUGACCCACCCGUGCUUUAAGUGCAGACUCAGACUGAAUUCCAGUUAAAUUGGUAUUUGAGGAAAAGUUUGGCCAGGCGGCAGCUUUUUCCCAGCCGAUUCGGUCAGUAAGCCAGUCACGUGGAAAUACACGUCUCGCUCAAAUCGGAGCUAACUGUGCGUUUUUUCCCAGGACCAGGAGUUACUUUGGCUUUAUGGUAGCCCCUUGGGCAUGGCACAGGGGACCAGCCGCGGCAGCAGUGCUGGGAGUGCCGGCAGCAUCUCUUGCCCGGCCUGCAGCUCCCGCCCGGGCUGACCAGCUGGCCUGUUGUGCUGGGGCGGGCGCUGGGGCUGGGGGUCAGCGGUGCUCGCCCACCACGUCGCCUGUCGCAACGGGGAGGCUGCUGCAGGAUGGCACAGCUGGGCCCCCGGCAUUACUCCUGCCUGUGCCAGCCAGCUGCUCCCCCGCUGCUGCACGCCCACCAGAGCCAGCACCGUGCAGGCCCCAUCUCCCACUGCCCUUGGCUCUGGGUCCAGAUGUAUUAAAAGGCUUUACACCUCCCUCAGUUUACCACCCCCACCAUGGCACAAACCAGUCUCAUUCUCAAGACCCGCAGCUUUAUGGCACUGCUAGUGGGCUGGCAAAUUGGUUGCCUUGUCUGCCCGGGUCUGGCUUCGGACGUGGGGUGUCACUCUGACCUGCUGGUCGCACUGGACAUAAAGCCAAACCAACUACCAAAUACACCUCACUCUGCACAGAAGAGUGCCACUUGGGGAUAAGAGUACGAGAGUCGCAGUCUUCUAAUGAGGCAUCUCAAGUAACGUCGGUAGAGUGUUUAUAUUGUCUGUCAUUAAGGAUAUAUUAGAAAUGUGCUUUCAUUAGUGCAAAGAAACAUAUUUUUAUUUGGCCUUAUACGGUAGAUUAUGAGAAUGAAAGCUUUGUAAUAUAGUCUGGGUUGUUUGGGGUUUUUUUUUCUUAUUUAUCUGCCAAAGACAGUGACAGAUACAAGAAUUUUGAAUAGGCUUUGUGUUUUUCUUUUUGUAAGACAGUCAAUGAUUGUAAUAGCGUUUAAUCUUCCAGAAAGCUUUAUAUGUUCUUCCGCAAUAAGCAGACUCAAUACUUCUUUCGUCAGACUCAACUCAUGCUGGCAGAUCCCAACACUACUCAGACUGCACGCAGUUGUUGUAAUACCUACACGCUGAGUUCACCUGCAUUUUUCAGUCCAAAGGCAAGGAGGGGUAUGUGAGACAAUGGCAGUGUUCACUACUGUGGCCAACAGUAGGUGGUCCAGCUUGCUAAAAUUUGCCAAGGUACUUGUAUUAUGAAAUUUAAGGUAUAUUUUAUUAUGUCAUUUUAUGUCAUUUUUUAACUUUGUGGAAGGUGAUAUGUUGAACUGAGUGUAAGCUGAGUUUUUCAGACAAAUGAAGUAGCUAAAGAGUGAAUGUUAUUUUAUCAUUAAAGGGUUUUUACUCAAUGAUUUGUGCCAAUAGAUGUCCUUUAUCUUAAUGACGAGUAUUACAUUGCUUUCAAAUUUUUAUUUAUAGCUAUUGAUGUAAAACCCACACACACAUAUUAUUUGCCAAAGUUCAAUAAAGGAGGAAAACAAUG